AUGCAUCACCAGCAGCAGGAGCAGCACCCUGAAGAGGUGAACUAUGCAAGUAGCACCAGAAUUCCUCUCCCUGGUGAAGGACCAACUAUUCAGUCAAACAGUUCAGCACCAUCCAAGCAAACUGUUCUGUCUUGGCAAGCUGCAAUUGAUGCUGCUAGACAAGCAAAGGCUGCCCAAAAUAUGAGUACUACCACAACCCAGCCUGUAGGAUCUCUGUCCCAAAGAAAACGCCAGCAAUACGCCAAGAGCAAAAAACAGGGUAAUACGUCCAAUAGUCGGCCACCCCGUGCCCUUUUCUGUUUAUCCCUCAACAACCCAAUACGAAGAGCCUGCAUUAGUCUAGUAGAAUGGAAACCAUUUGACAUAUUUAUACUACUGUCUAUUUUUGCCAAUUGUGUGGCCUUAGCUGUUUACAUCCCAUUCCCAGAAGAUGAUUCUAAUUCAACUAAUCAUAAUUUGGAAAAAGUAGAAUAUGCCUUCCUGAUAAUUUUUACAGUUGAAACGUUUUUGAAGAUUAUAGCAUAUGGAUUAUUACUACACCCCAAUGCAUAUGUAAGAAAUGGAUGGAAUUUAUUGGAUUUUGUAAUAGUAGUAGUAGGGUUAUUUAGUGUAAUUUUGGAACAAUUAACCAAAGAAGCAGAAGGUGGCAGCCACUCAGGUGGCAAACCUGGUGGCUUUGAUGUCAAAGCCCUAAGAGCCUUUCGUGUAUUGCGACCUCUCCGGCUUGUAUCAGGAGUGCCCAGUUUACAAGUUGUCUUGAACUCCAUUAUAAAAGCCAUGGUCCCCCUGCUCCAUAUUGCCCUUUUGGUAUUGUUUGUAAUCAUAAUCUAUGCUAUUAUAGGAUUGGAACUUUUUAUUGGAAAAAUGCACAAAUCUUGUUUUCUUAUUGAUUCAGAUAUACUAGUUGAAGAAGACCCAGCACCUUGUGCAUUCUCAGGGAAUGGACGUCAGUGUGUCAUGAAUGGCACUGAAUGUAAGGGUGGAUGGGUUGGACCAAAUGGAGGCAUAACCAAUUUUGAUAAUUUUGCAUUUGCAAUGCUGACUGUGUUCCAGUGUAUAACUAUGGAAGGAUGGACUGAUGUGUUAUACUGGGUAAAUGAUGCAAUAGGAUGUGAAUGGCCAUGGAUCUAUUUUGUUAGUCUUAUCAUCCUUGGCUCAUUUUUCGUACUUAACCUGGUUCUUGGUGUACUUAGUGGAGAAUUUUCCAAGGAAAGAGAAAAAGCCAAGGCCCGAGGGGACUUUCAGAAGCUACGUGAAAAGCAGCAGCUUGAAGAAGAUCUGAAGGGAUAUUUAGAUUGGAUUACACAGGCAGAAGACAUUGACCCUGAGAAUGACGAAGAGGUUGAUGAAGAAGGCAAACGGAACACAAGCAUGCCCACUAGUGAAACUGAAUCAGUGAACACAGAGAACGUGAGUGGAGAAGGAGAGAACCCAGCAUGCUGUGGGAGUUUAUGUCAAACUAUCUCAAAAUCCAAGUUCAGUCGACGCUGGCGUCGCUGGAAUCGAUUUAAUCGAAGGAAGUGUAGAGCUGCGGUAAAGUCUGUCACGUUUUAUUGGCUUGUUAUUGUCUUGGUCUUUCUGAACACAUUAACUAUCUCAUCGGAACAUUAUAAUCAACCUGACUGGCUGACCCAGAUUCAAGAUAUCGCAAAUAAAGUUCUUCUGGCUUUAUUCACCUGUGAAAUGUUAGUAAAGAUGUACAGCUUGGGCCUGCAGGCUUAUUUUGUAUCUCUUUUUAACCGUUUUGAUUGCUUCGUUGUUUGUGGUGGCAUUGUUGAAACCAUUUUGGUGGAAUUGGAAAUUAUGUCACCCCUUGGAAUUUCAGUGUUUCGCUGUGUUCGUCUCCUGCGUAUUUUUAAAGUAACAAGGCACUGGGCAUCCCUGAGCAACUUGGUAGCAUCCUUGUUAAACUCAAUGAAGUCCAUUGCUUCACUGUUGCUUCUGCUUUUCCUCUUCAUCAUAAUCUUCUCGUUGCUUGGAAUGCAGCUGUUUGGAGGCAAAUUUAAUUUUGAUGAAACUCAAACAAAACGGAGCACCUUCGAUAAUUUUCCACAAGCUCUUUUAACUGUAUUCCAGAUUCUAACAGGUGAAGACUGGAAUGCCGUUAUGUAUGAUGGCAUAAUGGCGUAUGGUGGCCCAUCAUCCUCAGGAAUGAUAGUCUGUAUAUAUUUCAUUAUUCUCUUCAUCUGUGGUAACUAUAUCUUGCUAAAUGUCUUCUUGGCCAUUGCUGUGGAUAACUUAGCAGAUGCUGAAAGCCUAAAUACAGCUCAGAAAGAAGAAGCAGAAGAAAAGGAACGGAAAAAGAAUGCAAGAAAAGAGAGUCUGGAAAAUAAAAAAAGUGAGAAGUUGGAAAGUGACCAGAAGAAGCCCAAGGAUAGUAAGGUGACAAUUGCUGAAUAUGGAGAAGGAGAGGAUGAGGAUAAAGAUCCCUAUCCACCCUGUGAUGUACCAGUAGGUGAAGAUGAGGAAGAUGAGGAGGACGAACCAGAGGUACCAGCAGGUCCACGUCCCCGAAGAAUAUCGGAACUAAAUAUGAAGGAGAAGAUAACACCAAUUCCUGAAGGGAGUGCCUUCUUCAUUUUCAGCAGCACCAAUCCAAUUCGAGUGGGAUGCCACAGGCUCAUCAAUCACCACAUCUUUACUAAUCUCAUCCUUGUCUUCAUCAUGUUGAGCAGUGUUUCCCUAGCAGCAGAAGAUCCAAUUCGCAGCCACUCUUUUCGAAAUAAUAUACUUGGUUACUUUGACUAUGCUUUCACAGCCAUCUUUACUGUUGAAAUCCUGUUAAAGAUGACGGCUUUUGGAGCAUUCCUUCAUAAAGGGUCCUUCUGCAGGAAUUAUUUUAAUUUGCUGGAUUUGCUGGUUGUGGGUGUUUCUCUGGUAUCGUUUGGUAUUCAAUCAAGCGCUAUCUCAGUUGUGAAGAUCCUCAGAGUUCUAAGAGUUUUGAGGCCUCUAAGGGCAAUAAACAGAGCAAAAGGACUUAAGCAUGUUGUUCAGUGUGUCUUUGUGGCUAUUAGAACUAUUGGCAAUAUCAUGAUUGUUACAACUCUGCUUCAAUUCAUGUUUGCUUGCAUUGGAGUGCAACUGUUCAAGGGAAAAUUCUAUAAGUGCACUGAUGAAGCAAAACAGAAUCCUGAGGAAUGCCGAGGGAUAUAUAUUGUUUAUAAAGAUGGAGAUGUUGAUAAUCCAAUGGUCAAAGAGAGGGUCUGGCAAAACAGUGAUUUCAACUUUGACAAUGUUCUGUCUGCUAUGAUGGCUCUUUUUACAGUAUCUACUUUUGAAGGCUGGCCAGCACUACUAUACAAAGCCAUUGAUUCGAAUGGUGAGAAUGUAGGACCUGUAUACAACUACAGAGUGGAGAUCUCCAUUUUUUUCAUCAUCUAUAUCAUCAUUAUUGCUUUUUUUAUGAUGAACAUAUUUGUUGGUUUUGUCAUUGUUACAUUCCAAGAACAAGGAGAACAAGAAUAUAAGAAUUGUGAGCUGGACAAAAAUCAGCGUCAGUGUGUAGAAUAUGCCUUGAAGGCACGCCCUCUUCGUAGAUAUAUUCCAAAAAAUCCUUACCAGUACAAGUUCUGGUAUGUGGUGAACUCUACUGGAUUUGAAUACAUCAUGUUUGUCCUCAUCAUGCUGAACACACUUUGCUUGGCUAUGCAGCAUUAUGGACAGUCUAAGCUCUUUAAUGAUGCGAUGGACAUUAUGAAUAUGGUUUUCACAGGAGUGUUCACUGUUGAAAUGGUUUUGAAACUGAUUGCAUUCAAACCGAAGAUUUUUGUAAGAAAAAAGGAAAGAUGGCUAGGCUAUUUUAGUGAUGCCUGGAAUACGUUUGACUCCCUCAUCGUUAUUGGCAGCAUAGUAGACGUCGUUCUCAGUGAAGCUGAUCACUAUUUCACUGAUGCAUGGAACACUUUUGAUGCCUUAAUUGUUGUUGGUAGCGUCGUUGAUAUUGCUAUAACAGAAGUUAAUCCAAAGCCAACUGAAACAGUCACAACUGAUGAGUCUGGGAACUCUGAAGACAGCGCUAGAAUCUCCAUCACUUUUUUUCGUCUUUUCCGGGUGAUGAGGUUGGUGAAGCUGCUUAGCAGAGGAGAAGGAAUCAGAACUUUACUGUGGACAUUUAUUAAGUCAUUUCAGGCUCUGCCUUAUGUUGCCCUUCUGAUAGCCAUGCUGUUCUUCAUCUAUGCUGUCAUUGGAAUGCAGGUAUUUGGAAAAGUGGCCAUGAGGGACAACAAUCAAAUAAACAGAAACAACAAUUUUCAGACUUUCCCUCAAGCUGUUCUUCUUCUCUUCAGAUGUGCAACUGGAGAAGCCUGGCAAGAAAUCAUGCUGGCAUGUUUGCCUGGAAAGCGCUGUGACCCAGAAUCUGAUUAUAAUCCAGGGGAAGAAUAUACCUGCGGAAGCAAUUUUGCCAUCAUUUAUUUUAUCAGUUUUUACAUGCUCUGUGCAUUUUUGAUUAUCAACUUAUUUGUGGCUGUCAUUAUGGAUAACUUUGAUUAUUUGACACGUGACUGGUCUAUUUUGGGUCCGCAUCAUUUGGAUGAGUUCAAAAGGAUAUGGUCAGAAUAUGAUCCUGAAGCAAAGGGAAGAAUAAAGCAUCUUGAUGUGGUGACAUUACUGAGACGCAUUCAGCCUCCACUUGGUUUUGGCAAAUUAUGCCCUCACCGAGUGGCCUGCAAGAGGUUGGUAGCCAUGAAUAUGCCACUAAACAGUGAUGGAACGGUCAUGUUCAAUGCUACUCUAUUUGCUUUAGUUAGGACUGCUCUAAAGAUCAAAACAGAAGGUAACCUAGAGCAAGCAAAUGAGGAACUUAGAGCAGUUAUAAAGAAAAUAUGGAAGAAAACCAGCAUGAAAUUACUUGAUCAAGUGGUCCCUCCAGCUGGCGAUGAUGAGGUAACCGUGGGGAAGUUCUAUGCCACCUUCCUGAUACAGGACUACUUUAGGAAAUUCAAGAAACGCAAAGAACAAGGACUGGUGGGGAAAUAUCCUGCGAAGAACACCACGAUUGCUCUGCAGGCGGGACUAAGGACACUUCAUGAUAUUGGCCCUGAAAUACGCCGAGCUAUAUCCUGUGACUUGCAAGAUGAUGAACCAGAGGAAAACAAUCCAGAGGAAGAGGAAGAUGUGUAUAAAAGGAAUGGUGCCCUGUUUGGCAACCACAUAAACCAUAUUAGCAGCGACAGACGAGAUUCAUUUCAACAGAUCAACACCACACACCGUCCCUUACAUGUUCAGCGGCCUUCAAUUCCAUCUUCAAGUGAUACUGAGAAAAACGUAUAUCCUCAGGCAGGAAAUUCUAUGUAUCACAAUCACAACUCAGUAGGAAAGCAUGUUCCAAACUCAACAAAUGCCAAUCUUAAUAACGCCAACAUGUCCAAAGUUCAUGGAAAACACAUGAAUAUUGGAAAUCAUGAGCAUAGAUCAGAAAAUGGUUACCAUUCAUACUCCAGAGCUGAUCAUGAGAGGCGUAGAAGGCCAAGCAGUAGGAGAACCCGCUACUAUGAAACUUACAUUAGAUCCGACUCUGGUGAUGGGCGUCGACCUACUAUUUGCCGUGAAGAACAUGAAGUUCAGGACUACUGCAAUGAUGAUCGUUAUUUGGGAGAGCAGGAUUACUUUAGUGGAGAAGAAUAUUAUGAGGAAGACAGUAUGUUGUCAGGAAGCAGGCAUAUAUAUGACUACCACUGUAGAUAUCACUGCCAUGACUCAGAUUUUGAAAGACCAAAAGGUUACCAUCACCCACAUGGGUUUUUUGAGGAAGAUGAUUCACAGAUCUGUUACGAUACAAAAAGAUCUCCUAGGAGACGGCUGCUACCUCCAACUCCAACACCAAAUAGACGAUCUUCCUUUAACUUUGAAUGCCUCCGCCGACAAAGUAGUCAAGAUGACAUACCGCUCUCUCCUUCUUUCCACCACCGCACUGCUUUACCACUUCACUUAAUGCAACAGCAGGUCAUGGCUGUGGCAGGUCUGGAUUCCACUAAAGCUCACAGACACUCACCAAGUCGUUCAACACGUUCCUGGGCUACCCCCCCUGCAACCCCUCCCGCCAGGGACCGGACGCCGUAUUAUACGCCUCUGAUCCAAGUCGACAGGGCUGAAUCUGUGGAGCAGAUGAAUGGCAGCCUGCCUUCUUUGCAUAGGAGCUCCUGGUACACCGAUGACCCUGAUAUUUCGUACCGAACAUUUACACCAGCCAAUUUAACUGUACCUAAUGACCUUAGGCAUAAACAUAGUGACAAACAAAGGAGCGCAGACAGUUUGGUAGAAGCGGUACUUAUAUCCGAAGGCCUAGGAAGGUAUGCAAAGGACCCUAAAUUUGUUUCAGCUACAAAACAUGAGAUUGCUGAUGCAUGUGACAUGACUAUUGAUGAGAUGGAAAGUGCAGCAAGUAAUCUUCUCAAUGGAAAUAUUAGCAAUGGGACCAAUGGGGAUAUGUUUCCCAUUUUAAGCAGACAAGAUUAUGAACUUCAAGAUUUUGGUCCUGGAUACAGCGAUGAAGAACCAGAUACUGGACGAUAUGAAGAAGACUUAGCUGAUGAAAUGAUAUGCAUUACAAGCUUAUAG